AUGAAAACGCGUCGUAACCGCAGCGCGCCGCCGCCGCCAACCGGCUGGUCAUCUCUGCCGGACGAGGUCGCGUGCGCGGUCUUGGCGCUGUCGUCGGCGGACGGCUUCGGAAACGCCGGGAGCGUGUGCAAGCGCUUCGGGCGCCUGGUCUCAACCGGCGCCGUCACGGUCGCGCGGGCGCGGGCGCAGACGCGCCACACGUGGUUGAUUUGCGUCGGCGGGUGCGGCCGCGCAGACGCGCAACCGAUCAUGACGGGCGACACAGUCGCCGCGGGCUGGUACGAGAACGCGCGGGACCGCGUCUACGCCCGCGCCGGCUGCGCGACGGAGGUAGGUAAGGACUGCCUCGAAAUCGAAGCCGGUCUCGGCCUCACGGAGGGCGAUUGGCGGGUGCUGCCGCGGCUGCGGACCGGCCGCGCCUACGCCGGCAUCGCGUGCGUGGGCGACGCGCAUUUCCUCGCCGUCGGUGGCGAGGGUCGGACCGGCCUGCUGCGGUCGGCCGAGCUCCUCCGUGAGGGCCGGGCGGCGCCCAAGGCGUUGCCGAGCCUGCGAGAUGGGCGGCGCGACCCGAUCGUCGCGGUGCUCACGCGCAGCGACGGCUCGCGCGUCGUCGUCGCCGUCGGUGGCUACUCGCAAAACGGCGAGCUGCAGGGCCCGCGGCACCGAUCGAUGGAGACCUUGGCCGUCGCCGACCUGGGCCGCGGGGGCUACCUCGGCCGCCGGCGGGCGGCUUGGACGCACACGGACGAUGCGCUCACUCGGGGACGCGACCGCGAGACGGCCGCCCACGGCGUGAUCGACGACCGCUAUUUGAUCGUCGCCGGCGGUAUCAACGCCCGGGCCCCCGGCGCGGCGCCCGCUGCCCCCGCGACCGCGACCGCGACGGCCGAGCUCUACGACGCGUGGACCGAUACGUGGCGCGCCUGCGCCGACAUGCCUGAAAGCCGCGCGAUAGUGAAAGGCGUCGUCGUCCAGGGCACGUUCUACGUUGAAAAAGAACGCACAAACAAAGGAACUGAGCUCGCCGACGUUUACUUUACUUAUGACGUGAAGACAGAUACGUGGGGCACUGCGGAGGGCCUCCCGGCGCGGGGGGAGAUUGAGUUCCACGCGCAAGAUGAGAGCGGCAAGGACGCCGUCGUCGCGAACGUCGCAGAGUUCCUGCAGGCCCACGAGGACAGCUCGGGCAGCGCAAACGGGGAGCGGGAGGUCUACAUCAGCCGGACGGUCGAGCUGCUCUCUGUGUAG